AUGCUAGCAUAUGAUGAUGAAGAUGAUGACGAUGAUUUAUGGCAAUCAUAUCAUUCAGCGAUGGACAAUCUCGAUCGAGUCGUCUUGAUCAUUGACGGCUGCCAUUGGAUAGAAGAUGUGGGACAUGUCGAUGUCCUUGAAGGACUCGCCAACGACCUUGCCAUCAAUGUAAAAAUACAAGUCCAUCACCUGUGCUCCACUUUCAAUCCUGCGCAAGUCCACUCUCACGCCAACAACAUCGUCCUUUCCAAAGACAUGUCCAAACUCUCUCUUAUUAAACUUGAACUCUGGAAGAUC